AUGCAGAAUCCUUACGGCCACUUUACUAACAACUCCAUCGGGGAGAGAGAAAACCCAGCUCAAAAUGAACCAUUCGGACAAAGCCUGAAAAGUCCCUUGGGUUAUGCCAGAUCUUUUCCUUCUCUAACUUACAAUAGCGACAACUUUAUGGCCAGUGAGCAAAAUCCACUAACCUUGCCAGAUUCUCAUUUGUCCUGGAAUAAUGUUAAUCAGGUGUCCAAUCCUUUGAUGGUAACACCGCUUCCGGGAUUACAAAAGCAUGUUAACAAAAAUACCAAAAAAAAAUUAUCAAGGGUAUCGAAGAAGGUUGCAAGCCCUUCCAAUGUGGUACCUACUAAUAUAAUGAGUAAUUGCAAUAUAGCAGGGAAGAGUACUAGAGGUUCGGCACCGGAAUGGGAAGUUAGAACGAGUGGCAGUGAUGAAUUGGAGAGAAGGAAGAGAAGGGCGGAAAGAUUUAGUCAGGGACCAUCAGCGAUGACAAAUAGUAACGACACUCUGAAUGAAGACUUUGCCAAUUUAAAUGCCAUCAGUAGCAAAUCUCACCAGUAUGAUAAAAAGAUUCAUGUCGUGGGGCGUUGUCAGACUUUAGAGAAAUCUUAUUUGAGACUGACUUCGGAGCCUAAUCCUGAUUUAAUCAGACCUCCAAAUGUUCUACAAAAGAUGUACUGUGUAUUGAUGGACAAAUAUCAAUCUAAAGCAGCGACUUAUACUUAUCUUUGCGACCAGUUCAAAUCAAUGAGACAAGACUUAAGAGUGCAAAUGAUUGAGAAUUCGUUUACUAUCAAAGUUUACCAAACACAUGCACGUAUUGCCUUGGAAAAUGGAGAUCUUGGGGAAUUUAAUCAAUGCCAAAAUAGAAUAAUGGCACUAUUCGAAAAUCCUACAAUACCAAAAAAAUCUUAUUCCGAAUUUGUAUGUUAUUCCAUUUUGUAUUCGAUGUUGACUGAAGAUUAUCCAUCUAUAUCUCAAUUGAAGCUGAAGCUGAUAGAUGGUGAUGCAUCUGAAAUAUUGGGAGAUGAGCAUGUUAAAAUGAUAUUCGAGUUGAGCGACAUGAAAUUAGUCGGUAAUUAUCAUCAUUUUAUGAAAAACUAUUCAAAACUGCACAAAUUUGAAAAAUGUCUUAUCAAUUCAUUUUUGAAUCUAGAGAAGUUGCUAUUUUUGACUAUAAUUUGUAAAAGUUACAAUCAAAUUAAUUUAGACUUCAUUAAAAGUGAGUUUAACUUCUCUAGUAUAGAUGAGACAAUUCAUUUUUUGGGUGAGCAAAACUUGAUGGAGUUUGUAUUGAACAAACAGAUUAGCGGCAGUGACGGCAAAAUAAAAAAUAUUAAGAUUUUAAAUACCAAGGGAUGUAGGCUACAGUUGAUACAAAAAAUUAUGAGAUCUAAAAAGAUUGAUAUAAAGGGACAAAAAUGA